AUGGCAACUUUCAAGAAUAUCGCUCUCGUUGGUGCAAGCGGCGCCAUUGGCAAAAUCAUUCUUGAUGGUCUGAUGGCCUCGUCCAGCUUUACCAUUACGGUAAUUUCGCGUAAUGAAAGCAAUGCAGUGUUUCCCGAGGGUAUUGCUGUUCACAAGAGCGACUUCUCGGAUGAGGAUCUUGAAGCUGUUUUCAAGGGCAAGGAUGCUGUGAUCUCAGCAUUGGGUGCUACUGGUUUCAGCGAGCAACAGAAACUUGUGGAUGCAGCCAUCCGUGCUGGUGUCAAGCGAUUUAUUCCAUCGGAGUUCUCGGCGAAUAGCCAGAAUGAUGCGGUUAUUCAGCUGCUGCCACUUUUUGGGCAGAAGAAGGCACUCAUCGAGUAUCUGAAGAGCAAGGAAGUUGAUGGACUGACCUGGACUGGUGUUGCAACUUCAGGCUUGCUAGAUUGGGGACUUGAAAAUGGUUUCUUGCAAUUUGACCUCGCUAAUCGCACGGCGACCAUCUGGGACGGCGGCCACAAGAGUUUCACCUUGAUCAACGAGAAGGCCCUGGGCCAAUCAGUUGUUUCUGUUCUGCAGAACCCGGAGCAAACCAAGAACAAAUAUCUUCAUGUCGCCUCCGUCGAGACUACUCAGUUGGAGAUCCUUGAGGCCCUAGAGAAGGCAACCGAAAGUAAGUGGACAGUUCGGGAAACCACAACCGAGGCCCAGCUUAGUGAAGCCGGAGUCAAGCUCGCUGCGGGUGAUUUUGAAGGCGCCUUCAUCUUGGUCCGCGCGACGGUGUUUGGGAACACUCCGGGGCUCAACUCAAACUAUGUCAAGGACACAGAGCUGGCGAACGAUAUUUUGGGACUGAAGCUAGAAAGUGUGGAGGAGACUGUCAGACGUGUUGUGAACAAUUAG